AUGGCGUACUACCGCGAGCACCUGUAUCUUUUUUUCUUCGGAAUCUGCCGCCUUUUCCAGCGGCGAAACGUCCUCGCGCAGCUUCUCUCUUCGGCGCCAAGCCCUGGAGCGCCGCCCCGCCCCCCCGUCUUAGCUUGUUCCUCCUCGCCGUCUCCUUCUGUCGCUCGUCCACGCAGUGACUUGCAGGCCGGGUGCGAGCGCUCAGCCUCUGCUUCGCGCGCCUUGGGCGCCGGCGCGCGUUCUACGCCGUUUCGGCCGCCGCCCGUCUCACCCUCCUGCCUCUUCCCCCUGGUGCCCUACGAGCUCAACUGGCUCGCGACUCUGCGCCUGUCGCUCUUCGCAAGUCGCCUUCUCCGCGCCGCCGAGCGCGAGCGGCGCGCCCACGCGAAGGCGCUGAACCGACAGAGCCCGCUUGCUUCCGCCUCGCCUGUCUCCGCGUCUGCAGCUCCCGACGCGCCCGUCUCAGAAGGAGCCCUCGCCGCCGCGCAAGCCCUCGACUGCGCGGCAAACGCACUCCGCCUGAUUCGCGCUUGCCAAAUCGUGCGCCCUUCCUGGCUCGCUCGGACGCUUGCGGAGUAUCCUCUAGAGCGAAAACUGGACAAAUUCAUUGCAAAAAACUGCGCCUCAGUGCCGGCUGUCCCGACCCCCGGGGCCUCGAGGGUCUCGGGCGCCGCCGGUGCGGCGGUUCGGGAGGCCCUCCAGCGCGCCCGCGACCCAGACUCGAAGCCCACGCGCGUCCAAACAGAGGGUGCCGGGAGCAAGGCAGACAGCUGUGGGCUGAUGGAAGAGGUCGAACGACAAACGAGUGAAGCGCUUCUCCUUCGUCGCGUCGAGGACUACAGACGGGGAACGGGGGCCUCAGAAGAAUCGCGGAAACUCGAAGAGACGGUGAUCGCCAUGGCCGAAAAACUGAGAAGAGACGCCGCGCGGUGGCUCGGCAGAAACGAGACCUUUCGCGUCUCCGCGGCGUCUCUCCCGCCGGCCUCGCGUGCAGCGCUGGAGGCUGUGUACACGACGAAGCAGAACGAAAUUUUGCUUCGCCCAGGCAACUUCGAAAAAGUCGUGGCCCUGCUGCCUUCGCGGGAUCUGCGGCAAGCGUGGACGGCAUUUUGCUUCCCUUCGCAGAAUCGCGCAGGCGCGGCGCGGUCUGCCUUCUCAGAGGGCGUGGCGUCGGCAGGAGUUUCGCUUUCCGCUUCGCGUCGCGCGAAGCUAGAGAAGCGACGCAGACAACUCGCUGAGGCGCUUCUCGCGAUUCUCCGCCUGCAGAAGACCUGCGCAGAAAAGGCCGGCUUCCCGAGCUGGGGGAUUAUGCGCCUCGACGCGCUCGUCGGACUUCGACGUCCUUUGCCGGGCGACCCGUUAUCUCCGCAGGCGACGGAAGGAGAGGAGAAGACAACUGCCGCGGGGGGCCUCGAAGCCCUGGGCGGGGCUUCUGCGGGCUGGGCGCCCCAGCGAAGGGACCGCGACCACAGCGGACAGCGGUGCCGCGUGGUGAAUCAGCGAGCAGCGGAAGGAGCAAGAGGCGAAGGCGAGCGCGGCGAAGCGAUGAAGGCGCUGGAAGAGCAGAUUUUGCGUCUCUUCAGCCAGAUUCAGCGAGAGAUGAAGAAAGGCACCCGCGGCGUAGACGAGCUCGAGAAGCGGGUGGAAAAGGCCGUCGAACAGACACGCCGAGAGAGAGAACGCGAGGAGAACUGGAUGCGGCAACUCGGCGGCGGCGCGUUGGCCGCGAAGGCUGCGAAACACGCCCAUAAACUGAGCAAAAUGGAAAGACUCGACAUGGCGGAAUGGCUCUUUGCAGCAAACAAGAUUCUCAAGAGGCCGGGAGUCGACAUGCGCUCGAGUCGCUUCUUCUCGCUGAACGAUACUUUGCCCAAGCUGGUCGCUUUGACAGAGGAGCUGCACGGUGUGCGGCUCGUCUCCCUGCGCGGGAAGGCCUGGAAGGGAUUCGGCCGGUCAUUCGUCGGCAUGCCCUACCUCAGCGACAUUUUCGCGGUUUUUGACACAGACGCCGCGCCCACCGCCGCGCCGCUUCUCUCUCUGCAGCCGUCUCCUGCGGCUGCGGGCGCAGCUUCGGCGGGGACUUCCUCGCCGUCGGUGCUCGACUCUCUGCUGGUUUCGUCCUACGGUCCGCAGGCUUCGGCGCUCUUUCCGCUCCUCCCCGCGGACUCGUCGCUGUCGUCCUCCGCCUUCCGGUCUCCGUCGUUUGCGUCGCUGCUCGCCUCCGCGCCUUCGUUCCGCGGCUUCCUCUACUUCUUCCCCUGCGAACCCCUCCGCCUGUCGCACCACUUCCGCUCCUUCGCCGCGCCUCCCAUCCCCUCGCCCGCGGCCUCCCUCGUCGCGCCUGGCCACGCCUUCGCCCACGGGCGCCUCGCCCCCGGGCCUGCUGGCCCUGACGCCGAUCGGCCGCUGAAUCUUCAAGAGCUUGGCAUUCUCCUUCAGGUGCUGACGUCGGGCCUGAAUGCCCUGCUAUCGUCUCAGAGAACCCGUGACGGCUGGCGCGCGUCUCUCGCAGCCUGCGCUCGACUGGCUGACUUCACGGGGAGGCAGGAUGGAGACCGCGCGCUCCAGGCGGCCCCGAUGGCCUCUGCGGAAAGAGGGUCGCGGCGAAGCGAGCCGACUGCCGCAAAGGAAAACUCCGCGGAGGGCGCUCUCGGAGAGGCGCAGGCGGAACCCGGCGCCGCCUUGCGCACGCGCGAACUCCGCGGCCAUAUCGUUGCUCAGACUGGGCAGCUCGAUAUCCCGCUUCCACUGGAUGUCCAGCAGAGCUUCGCCUUCCUUGCUGAACUUCUUCUGCAGGAGCCUGCAAGGCUCCAGGAGCUCGCCUGCGAUGCUAACGCCCGAGGUCAAGCCAAGAGAAUGAGCGACGACGAGGCAAGAGCGCAGAGGCCGACGAUGAUUGAAUUUCUGAGUUUGAACGGCUUUUUCGUCCACGCUUUCCUGGACUUUCACCUCCACGUGACGUUCGACCCGCGGGGGGCCACUCCCGAGACGGUCGAGACGUUCAUUCGCGCGAAACUCGAGAGCAUCUUGCCUUACAAGCUGCCGGAAGACUUUGACAUAUUUUCUCUUCCCAGCCUCCAGAACUACAGCGGCCUUCUAGCAGGCACUGGCGUUUCUUACCUGCUGGCGCAGGCCCGCUCUUCACUGUUUCUUAGAGAGCUACGUAGCUUCGAAAAACGCCGCAGAGACGAGAAAAAAGCCUCCCCACAGUCCGCCUCCGCCUCUCGAAAAGGCUCCUCUGCCAAGGCGUCUGGGCCGGUGGCGGCUAGAAGCAAUGCAGAGAAAAAACGAGAAAAAGAAAAGAAACCAAAUAUCAAUCUUCGGGUCAUCAAAAGCCUCUUCUGGGCACCUGAGGCAGGCGCAGAGAGGAGCUGGCCAGACAGCCUCGUGGCAAAUAUGAAGAAAAUCAUCGAAGCUGACGAUGAACAAGUGCUGAACGACGGGAUCACGGAUGUCAUACGAGAUGUGUAUGGCGCCGCGGGAGAUACAAAGUAG